AUGACCUGUGCUGGUGGCGAGCUGAAAAAGGAAAACGGCACAGAGGCAUCUUUGGCACCGAGUGGCCCUGAGCUCCUGCUCGCAGCUGUGGACUGCAUUGAUGGCACUGUGCCCUCUUGCGCAACAAAGUCUCCAUUCCAGGAGGACACACAUAAUGUUACCUGCUGCUCGGAUGUAGACUCUACUAGCCCUAUGCUGCAGAGAUCACAGCAGGGGAGCUCAUCAUCCGAGGUCCUUUCGACAACAAACGUGGCUGCUCUGCACAAGAGAAUUGCAGAACUGGAGGAUAAGCUGGAAAGCCACAAACGAAGACUGUCUGUUUGUCAGCGGCAGAAAAAUGCUGCAGUACAAGAGAAGAACCUCCUCAAGAGACGGGUUGAUCAGUUUUUAGGAACUGACCACCUGCAAUGCAUGGAGAGGCCUACGAUGCGUGGCACGCCAUGGUCAACGCCUACUAUAGAGAAGGGGCUGAAGAUCAGGCUCACAUGCGGACGUAGGGGUUACAAGAUCGUUCAAGAGAUUGGGAAGCCACUGCCAUCGGAACGAACGCUUCAGAGGCACCUAGAAAACUUCAAGUUUUCACCUGGCAUACUUCAUGAAAUCCUACCGUCUCUUUCCAUCAAAGUGAACCUCAUGGAGGACUACGAGCGGCACGCCGUCCUGUUAUUGGAUGAAAUGCAACUUGCAUCGGGGCUCGCCUAUGACCAAGGAACUGGAGGAGUGAUUGGGAAACCAACCAUUCCCUUAUCAGAUGGGACCCUCCCAGAGGAUGCAAUGGCUACACAUGGUCUGGUUUUUAUGCUCGCUGGAGUGACCACCCGCUGGAAACAAACGGUGGCAUGCCAUUUUACAUCAAAUUCUUUUUGCAGUGCUACCGUGAAAGCUGUAGUUAUUGACAUUAUCAAAAAAUGUGAGGACAUUGGAAUAAAAAUAGAUGCAGUAGUCUGCGACAUGGGUGGUGAUUGUCACAACUUUGCGAACAAACUGCUCAAAGUGUACUUGAAAACGAGGCUUCAAAUGUAUUUGCGCAAGGAGAACCAGCGCUUGGCGGAGAUCAAGUCCACUGUGAAAUGUGGCAGUAGGAGUAUUGAGUAG